AGUAUCAAGGGAUGUUUGGGAGAGAACGUUCGUCGCGAUUUCGUGGUCCAGAUUCGUAGAUCGCGGCAAAAUACGAUGAGUUCGCAAUUCGUUGAGAGUUUUUCCCAAUGCACCAGGAAAAAAAUGUAAAUAGGGCUUGAAAUGGGGCUGUGGCUCACUCUGUCAUGGCUGAUGUUGGGUGGACUAACCCCUCCAACCCCGAUUUGGGGCAACCCUGACGCGAAGAGACUUUACGACGACCUACUCUCGAAUUACAACCGACUCAUCAGGCCCGUGGGCAACAACUCCGAUCGACUCACCGUGAAAAUGGGCCUUAGACUUUCACAACUCAUCGAUGUGAACUUGAAGAACCAAAUAAUGACAACGAACGUUUGGGUUGAACAGGAAUGGAACGACUACAAGUUGAAAUGGAAUCCUGAUGAUUAUGGUGGUGUCGAAAUACUUCAUGUUCCUUCUGAACACAUUUGGCUUCCAGACAUUGUCCUUUACAAUAAUGCGGAUGGAAACUAUGAAGUAACGAUAAUGACCAAAGCAAUUCUUCACCAUACGGGUACAGUUGUGUGGAAGCCACCUGCCAUCUAUAAAUCAUUCUGCGAAAUUGAUGUCGAGUACUUCCCCUUCGACGAACAAACCUGUUUCAUGAAAUUCGGCUCGUGGACUUAUGACGGAUAUUUGGUUGACUUGAGGCAUCUCAAGCAAGCCCAGGACUCUAAUAACAUUGACGUCGGAAUCGACCUACAGGAUUAUUACAUAUCAGUAGAAUGGGACAUAAUGAAGGUACCAGCCGUGCGAAAUGAGAAGUACUAUAGUUGUUGUGAAGAAUCCUAUCCCGACAUCAUUUUCUAUAUUACCCUGAGAAGAAAAACACUGUUUUACACUGUAAAUUUAAUCAUACCGUGUGUAGGAAUAUCAUUUCUUUCCAUUUUAGUAUUUUAUUUACCGUCAGAUUCGGGAGAAAAAGUAUCUUUAUCAAUUUCCAUUUUGUUGUCCCUCACUGUAUUCUUUUUGCUACUGGUGGAGAUAAUUCCACCAACUUCCAUAACAGUGCCUCUGCUAGGUAAAUAUUUGCUUUUCACCAUGUUGUUAUGCACACUGUCAGUAGUGGUCACCAUAGCAGUCCUAAAUGUAAAUUUUCGAUCACCCGUCACACACAAGCUAGCACCUUGGGUUAAGGUUUUUUUUAUUGAAUUUUUACCGAAAUUCCUCUUCAUCGAACGUCCUCGGAAAGAAGACGAUGACAGAAGUCAAGACAGCAUGUUGACUGAUGUCAUUCAAGUUCCGAUGAUAGAUAAUUGCAAACCAUACGAAAAAGCCUCGUUCGAUAGCUUCGAUUUAGGUCUUCCACCCCCUAGGUUUGAAGUACCUCACAGCGGGGGCUUGGGUUCUUGUUUUGGAGAACCCCCGUUUCCAUUACCUCUUACGGGAGGUGAUGAAGAUCUGUACAGUCCUGCAAGUUGUAGGACAAAUACCUUCGAUGGUACUAGCGAUAUAAGUCCAUCGUUCGACAAGAUGGAUAUCCAUGAUAUGGAAAAAACAAUUGCCGAUUCCAGAUUUAUUGCUCAACAUGUUAGGAAUAAGGAUUCAUUUGAAAAUGUUGCCGAAGAUUGGAAAUAUGUAGCAAUGGUGCUCGACAGACUAUUUUUGUGGAUUUUCACAUUGGCUUGCAUCGUUGGCACUGGCAUAAUAAUCUUCAACGCUCCAUCUUUGUACGACACUACGAAACCUAUCGACGUACUCAUUUCGAAAGUGGCGAAAAAGAAAAUGGCGUUACUCAAAAUGGUUCCCGAGGAACUUUAAAUCAUUCACAGAUUUUAUUCAGCUGUCUAUUUUUUACUAUAAAAAAACCAUUAAAAUAAAUAAAAAUCACGAAAUAGAAAUUAUAUACGUACGAGUAUAGAGGUUUUUUUUAUGUUUGUAAUUAAUGAAUUUUUGUUUUGUUCAAAUUUCUUUUAUUGAUAUCAAAUUCUAAAAUUUGUCAGCACAACAAACAUACAAAAUAUUUCAUUAAAAAAUUCAUCUAUUACCCAUACACAUGGCAUAUUAGACACGUGACACGUAGAAAGUUAUAGUCUGUUUUAAUGAAUGAGAGAGUAAUAAAGAGAUAAAGCAUUCGUAAUCCAUGUCGUAUCACGUCUCUUAGUAGACAGUUAAACACAUGGUCCACAUAAGCCCACAAUUAACUGUCUUUUUCCAGUUCACACUUUAUUUACAGCUGUUUAACAUCACUCAAAAAUAUCAUUUCUCCAUGAUUUUCUACAAUUUCAUCAAUUUUCUUUUCUAAAACAAAUAACAGUUCUUUUCUAGUAGAAUCAUGUUUUAACUUCUUACAUACGUGACUUGGUACGUAGUAUUUGCCAGCUAGAUUAUCAACGUUUUCGUAGUGGGAUUGUGGCAAGAUUAAAGACCAAAGUGUACUCUAAUAUAUUCCGAGCUUUAGAAUACUUAUGUAUUCAUCGUCUGGUUAGUUAAGAAUUGCGGUAUGAUAAAUUUUUUAAUAUCUCCUAAAAAACAAUAGAUUCUUCAACUUCAAAAUUCAACGCUCAAAUUGACACUUGAUGAAAAUAUUAAGCGUAUUGAUUUUUUGUAUCAACCGUCAAUUUGAAUAUUGAAUUUUGAGGCUGAAGAAUCUAAUGUUUCUUAGAAGAUAUAAGUUCGAAAUAUAUUAAAGUUAGUACACUUUGGUGUUUAAUUUUGCCACAAUCCCACUAAUAAAACUCUCACAUUCUUAUAUACUAUAUUCUUUGAAUGAUUCUAUCCUGUCAAUCUUUUUUCAAAAACUUGGUUUGAUAAUUUAUUUUUCUAUAGCUCUCAAGUGAUAACUUGCAUUAUCCAUUAAUAUUGUAGAGGUAUGAGGAAGAAGUUAUAUCAUUUGUUUGAACCAUCCAUGUCCUCAUGGUAGUUACCGGAGCGUAUAUUCGCACCUUUCCAGAUGAUGUACACCAGUAGAUAAAUUGUUUAAAAAAUCUUGACCUCAACUUCCUCCUCAUUUCUUUUAAAGCCUAUAAUUUUUUCUCCAUACUACAUAUCUCUUCUUUAAAAUGGUCUUACUUGAAUGCUUUUUCUAGCACAAACCUAUUUCUUUUAAAAGUUUCGAAAAUGUACUUCCACAUUUCAGAAUAAUCUAAAUCAUGUCGAAGCGUGGCAAGAGCUUUGCUUACUAUUGGAAAUUAUAUUCUAAAAAAACUAAGUCUUUUUUGCAAAUGAUUUUCUAUUUGAAAUGUUGGUUUUCCUGGUGCUGUUUUAAGCUCGCAACAAGUCCUUAAAUUAUAGAUUUCUCAACACCAAACGUACUAUUAACUAAUUCCACUAUGUCACCAACACUUUUACAUAAAUGCUUGUGAAUUAUUUAAAAAAAUUAAAUGUUUUCUAAUUCCUAGCAUUUACAGGCAAAUAAGUACUUAUUUGAAAAAAUUGUAUGUAUACCAGCUAUGGUAUAUUUCAUAAACAGGGCUUUUGGCGUGCCCUAUUGUUCUAUACAGCUUGUGGUCAUAAUGGACCAAUAAACGUCGGAAAAUUUUAAUUAUCUCAGAGUAAACUUAUUUUUAGGAAAUAUUCAGAUUAUUGUGUAAUAAUGUUUAAAAUAACCUUAGUUUUUCAUUAGAAAUUAGGUGUUAUUACUCUCUGGUACAUAAAUAUAGACUAUAGUGUAAGUAAAUGUCUGAUAUGUAAACAAAUUGCAAUCAAAAGUCCUCGAGAGUUAGAUUAAUAGUUAAUUGAAAAAAUUAGGAGCUUUAAGGUAUGAAAUCAAAAUUAUAUCAUAUACUAUAUUAACCAUGGAGUACUAAACCUCAAUUUAGGUACCUUAUUAUUAAUAAACCUUCGUCAUUGUGACUAACAGUAUCUAAAAACCAAUUAAGAAAGUGGUAAAUGAAACAAUAAGAACAAAUAAUUAUCCAUUUAACAUUUUUAUUGAUGGGAUAUUAAAAACAUGCACAUUUUGUGCCGAAUAUUACAAAACUAAAUAUGUAAAUAAAUGCUUACACAGACUGUUACAUAAAAAAUUCAAAUAAAAAUGGCUUAGAGAACACAAAAAUUAUAAAAAAGUCAAUAUAUUCCUCAAUUCACAUUUACUGCCUUUCUUUGAAACUGCGUCAAUUCUAUCCUUGACACUUCGGUGUUGUGCAGGUAGAUCCCUUCUUUUUCUCAACCAAGCAUCAGUCAGUUUGUCCGACAAUUCACACAUGUAAUCAAUCCUUGUCAAUGGCUUUCCUUUCUGUAUAUGAUAUAUCAAUUUAAUUCUGCUGAAUUAAUAUCUAUAUUGGUGAAACGAAGAACUACUUCCAUAAAUGAAUCGUUAAAAAAUAGUUUCAAAGACUCCAGGAUGUUGUCACUGUAUCCAGUUUGAGGGGUAGGGUCUUGUUUUAUGUGGACAACAUCAAUACUCCGCAUUUUUCCAUAUCUCACCAAGCUAGACGUCUUCCAUUUCUUUCUGUUUUUACCCUCUAAUCCUUCAAAACCUGGUUGAAGCAUAUAUUUACUUGAACCUCUCUUUUAUACUUCCGAGCAGCUCUUAUCUUCAUCAAGUGAUGUUCUUGUUGAUCAAGUUAAUGUUCUUUUGCUUUCUCUUCUUUCCAGAAUCUUGUUUUUUUCCUCUCAGAUUUCAAUUUCCUCGAUUAGUUCAGCGACCUCCUGAGCUUCAAGCCAAUCUGUCCGUCAAAAUGACAAACACAUUUUACUUGUAAUACUAAAGCUUCGUCGAACAGAUGAUGUAAGUUUUAUUUAAACUUACCUGGUUAAAAUCAUUAGAGUUCAAUGGUUCUUGUUCCUACUUAGUUCAAAGGGCACUGAGCUGGGGAAAGCACUGCUAUAGCCUGAAUUUCCUAACCUUACCCUCAAAGGUUAUACCAUAAAUUGUUCGUAAAGGUAGUCGGAAUGACGAAGAUUUAGUAUUCCAGGGUUGUAUGAAAUAUCUGAACCUCAAAAUACUUAAAUUAAUUCUAUUUAUAAACAUGAGCCUUAAACUGAAUCUAUAUUUAAAGAUAAUCUGAUUCAAGUAAGUUUUUUUACUAUAAAAACGAUGUAAUUACAAAAAAUUUUAUUGUAAAUCAAAUUUGUUUGAUUUGAAACCCGGAUAUCUUAAGGGCAACCACUAAUAUGUAUAGUAUACACAUCAUAAAAAACACAAAGUUACGUGGACAUACCUGUACUCAUAAUGUGUUAUACUGUGUGGAAAUAAUACAAAAAACUAUUUUCCAAGUGUUUAUUUUUCACAAAUAAUCCUAUAAUUAUAACAUUCUGUCACUGUGUAGUCCAACAGCUGAUCUUAUCAGGCUUACCAUAUUAAAUAGUUCAAAAUCACUGACAAUCAUUCUACUCCAUUAAAUUUCGAACGUUCUCCGUUAUAAAAAAAACACCCCACAGUGAUUUCUUCGCAUUUUCGUAUUUACUUUGAUAAAUAUUGCAAAAAACUACCUUCUGGCACAAAGCACAUUACCAUCUUACACAACAGUAAACUAAUUAAAAACUUUUUAAAUAACUUUAAAGAACACACACUACCUGACAAACUUUGUUUCGAGAGUAAACUAUAAAUUUGAACAAAUUUAUUGUUCGUAUCCAAAAUAACGAAAGUGAAUAAUAUUUAUACUCAUCAAAUUUUAUAAUAUAGCCUUGUUGCCACAUUUGGCAAUGAUUUAUUUAGUGUUUCAAUAAAUUUCAAGACACUAUCGAUUAUAAGAGAUAUUCUGAGGAAGGAACGUUUACUUACCCGUAACUGAGUAACUUGAUCUUCUUAUCGAACCUAUUAAAUUAAAUGAUGUAUCACAAUUUCAAAAAUUUACCAACCAGGAUUUAUACUGCACAUUAAUUUUAAUUUUGAAUGAAUUAUUAGAUUAAAUUUGGAAUCUGAUAUCAAAUUCAUUUUGUUAUUUGAAUUAUUUGUUAAUUAAACUGGAGCACUUUGUUGAGAACGUUGUAAUGUCUAUUGUCUAUAAAAUAUUAAGAAAUAGAAGUUUGGAAAUCAAAAAAUAUUAUAAAAUAUGACAUUUUACUGAUGAAAAACCACACUAGAAUGAAUCAAAAUUAUUAGUUUUCAAAUAUUUAAUCAUAAAAUCAUAUUGUGGCAAUGUUUGUAAUACAUACAGGGUUAUUCGCUAGAAGUUACUGAUUGAUGGAAAAGAAGAAUAAAAUAUUUGUGGUUGGGGUUGGGUCAUAUAUCAUCUAUUAAAAUUAACAAAUUCAUUCAUUUUGAUUUCUCUAGUCAAUCACAAGGAUAACAGUGGUUAAUGGUUACAAAAAUUGCUUGAUCUAAGAUAUGUUUGUUUUAAAUUAAUUGUUUAAAAUAUUCCAAUUGUUAUACUUUCUGUUAAGUAAUGAAAAUUUAAAAAAAUAAAUAAAAUACCAGCAAAUAAAUGUUUACUGUUUAUUGACAGCUGUAUAGAAAUCGUAUUUAAUGUCAAAUUCUCAGUACUUGAAUAAUAAUUUCAUAUCUUUUAUUUGCUUUGUUUGCAGCUUAAAGAUAACUAUAAUUUCAAAUCCCACAGUACAUUUAAUUAAUUUUAUAAACUACAUCUCUUAUAUUAUUUCGAAAUCAUUGUGACAAAAAUGAAUAUGUACUCUGACUAGUCUCACAAAGAACGCACCAGAAAUUUAUAUCCACGUGCAAAAAAUCUGACAAUCACUCAGCCAGCUGUAAUAAGGUCAUCAACUUUCCACCACUUUCACCGAGACUUCCACUGAAGCACUACAUUACUUUUAGUCAUACUCUGCACAACUAUGAAUUUGUUUGAUCAAUUGUUUGUCUGCUAAUACUUCUUCAAAUGGACAGAUUGAUUUUAGUAGACGCACAGUAUGAUUUGAUGACUUCCAUUAUGAAAUCUUUGUACAGUACAUUUCAGAAGUAGAUAUGGACGAUGCGGAACAGGACCUCUUAAUACAGGACAAUUUACAAAGUGGUAUUUAGUCUUGUUUUGUUAUAUUCAUAUAGAAAUUUGUUUUUUCUUGAUUUAUUUCUACGCCAACUUUUCCUACUUCUGUUUACAGUUUGUUGUCCAUAUGUAUCCAGUCUUGUUUGACUCAUUUCUUCAUUUUUUAUUUCUUCUGUUAGUGUUUCCCAAAUAUAGUGUCAAUAUAUUACUAAUAACAAAUUGCUAUUGAAAUUUUAAUUUCUGUGUACUAUUAUUCAUUACGCACUAUAUUAUGUAUAAUUGAAUUACUCAUGAGGAUUUUAUUCAUUUUGGUAUUGUUGAUAUAAAUAUCGUAGUUGGGAUUUUAACUAAUAUCCCAGGAUAAUAGGCAGUUGGCUGAUGGCGCGCCACGCACGUCUAUUCUCCCGGAGUAUUAGCUAAAUGCCGGACAAUAGAUUAUUCGUCGAAAAAUGACAAAGCGUUUGUCUAUUCUCCUGGGACUUUAGCUAAAAUUCGGAUAAUUGAAUAUCUAUAUCUCUUCUAGCGAAAGGGCCAAUACCGAAGCCAAUUUCAAUGUUUGUUUUAAUUUUGAGUUCACACUGAGAUUCGCAUUGACACUUGCUUAACUUUCCGUAUUUUCCUCUUUCUUUCUUUCUCUCUCUCUCUCUCUCUCAUUGUCUCCAGAUUCAUCAGUCGUGCUGUCGCUUCUGUCGAACAUACAGUGUCUUGUCCAAUUUUGUAAAUUAUUAAUCAGUUUAACUGAAAAGUCAUUUGUAAAAACUCUUUAGAAUGGAGAAGAUCAUUGUUGAUCGUGAAAAUUUUGAAAAGAAGCUGAAAGAAUUUUAGCUAAAGUCCCAGGAGAAUAGAUAAACGCUUAGUCAUUUUUCGACGAAUAAACUAUUGUCCGGUAUUUAGUUAAUACUCCAGGAGAAUAUGUAUGCGUGGCGCGCCAUCAGCCAACUGCCUAUUAUCCUGGGAUAUUAGCUAAAAUCCCAACUUGUCUAUUGACCUACGACAUAAAUAUACCUACAGAUUGCGCGCCAAAAAGUCAGUUUCGAUGCUGCAAUAAGAUAUAAUUACCAACUGCCAACACGUUAUAAAUGAUUAAUACCCUUGCUUGCACAGUCGAUCAAAAAAAACAACGUGUUGAUGAUUCAGAGCAGUGUUCGGCCAUGUUUACACAUAAUAAAUCAUAUUUUUUGCGUCGAUUUGUGACUAUUGACUAUGAAACAUAGAUCCAUCACUUCACUUCGGAAUCAAAACGAUCAUUAUCUGAUUGGACUGCAGCCGGUGAACCACAUCCGAAGCUUCCCAGUCAGUUAAAAGGUUAUGGAUUCAGUAUUUUGGGAUACGCAUGGAUUAUUGUUCAUUAACUAUCUCCAGAAGGGAGAGACAAUCAAUAUCCUAGGUGUGUUCUGUGGUGCAAACUAUACAUAAUUAUUAUACGUACGUCAAGCUAAAGAUUGUGCCGCAGAUAACUUUCAUCUCCAUCUUUUUGUAACUCAUUCGAUAUUUUCAAGGCUUAAAUCGUCGUUCGUUUUAGCUGAAUAUUGAGCACUCAAUCGGCAGUUAUGCUAACUGAAACUUUCUAUGAGAUAUUUGAAUAAAAGUUGCGAAUAGUAUAAUCCGGGAGUGUCCCGCUUAAUUUUAGCCGAUUGGUAAUCUUAAGCUGGAAUAAAUAUGACAUUAAAAUCUACUAAUUUAUCUAAAAAAUCAUUUAAUUGAAAUUAUUUGUUUUGUUUAUUAAACUGAUUCGUAGAGUUAAAAAAGAUUCUUGUUCAAAAAUAAUUUUGUGGCUACUGUCUCAAUUUAAAAUACCUAUUUUUAUUAAUAAACAAUUAGAGCUUGUGCCUUAUAUAAUAUUCUGAAGUUUUUUGUACACAACAUGUUAUUAACACACUAUUUUCUCACGUCUUAGUAGUUCAAAUUUGAGAAGCACUUUUAAAUAUCAAUAAUGACAUCAAAACUCCAGAUUCUGUUUAUUCGAAAUGAUUUUAAUCAAAUUGGAGACCAGUCACAAUGCAUAUUAAUCUUAUUUUAAAUAAUCUUCAUUGUUAUUAUUUUUAGGUGUUUAUAAACUAUUAUUGUAGGUAUUCAAAAUUUGACAAAAGCAGAAAAGUCGCCGUUGCAAGACUAAAAUUGCGAUACCGAUGAUAAUCACUAACAUAGUAAUUGUUAUGUUAUGUAAUUGAUAAAUCAAUAAUAUUAUAAUGUUAAUAAUUGUUUCAUUUGUAAGAAAUAACAUGUA